GAAAGAUAAACAAACCAACCCCCUUGUCCCUGUUUCCUUUCCGUAGUUUGCCCAAACUGUGAAGCGUUGUCUCUUUGACGGACAGUAGGGAGACAGCUAGUGAAGGGGUGCACAAUUAUGAUAUGAUAUGAGUAUGGAUCUUCAUCAGCCGCACUUGAUCAGUGACUGCCUUAUCCAUACUUUUACAUUCCUGACUGAGGGAGAUUUAACCAGUGCCUCCAGUGUGUGUAAGGAUUGGAACGAAGCUGCAGAGACUCCUUGGUUAUGGAGGAGGAUGUGUCUGCAGCGCUGGAGUUUCUGUAGCCUUGCUGUCUUGGGGAGUGAACAGGUUAAUAACUCAUGGAAGAAAUACUUCCUGCGACGUUGCCACUUAGAGAUGAAGAUGACUAAAGGCAGGUCAGGAGGUUACACCUGUAAAAGCCUCAGAGGACACACAGGCAUGGUGGUAGGGCUCGUGUACCUGCAGGGGAAUCCAGCUCAGCGUCCGGACAUCUGGAACAGCCGUGCCACUGUGUGCAGCGCCUCGACUGAUGGUACAGUCCGAGCAUGGGACAUCCAAAAUGGGGAACUCCUGUGGUGCAGUCCUGUGCAGAGUCCUUUGACAGCGAUCGUGAGUGAUGAACAGCAUAACGUUGUGAUCACAGCAGACUCCACAGGCGUCAUCAAGACCUGGCAGAGUCAGAGCGGCCAGGAGGUGGCCUCCUUCUCUACUGCAUCUCCACACUGUACAUUACUACAGUACAACAUCAACAGCAAUUGGUUUCUGACUGUUGGAACCAGUCAGGGAUCUGUGUGUACCUUAGCUGAUUCAGCUUUGACUAAAAGGUCCAGCGUAAUGGUGUGUGACACCUUUAAAGUCAACACUCUCCUCGUUUCACGUGACAAGAAAUGGAUCACUGCUGGAACCAAGGACAAUGAUGAUUUAAGUCCAAAGGUGAUUUACACUGAGAGUUUGACAUCACCGUCUGAGGACGAAGAUCCUCUGUGCCAGUCUGUUCCAGUCACUGGGUGCCAGGCUGCUGUUUUCAUCCCCACCCAGUCUGCCAGGCUGGCCAUUAUCCAUCACAGCGAGCACCCAAACAACAAAGCCCUCACUGUCUUCGAUGUCAGCAUUAAAAAGACUAAGUACAAGUCAGAGAUCCAGGUCCAGCAGGUGGAGUCCUUCCCCCUGACACUGAACACCAGCGCCUCACAAAUCCUUCUCGAGGCCGCUGACAGCGACUGCUUAGUGUUGGCAGCUGGUCGGGAGCUCUGGGUCUACUCUCUGAAAGGAGCCCUGCUCGCUAGCUUUAAAGAACACACCAUGCCUAUCUCUUCUAUAAGCGUGAAUAGCUUUCGUGUGGUGACAGCAUCUCAGGAUCUUUCCUUACGAGUGUUGACAUGGAGACAUGACAGAGACCAUGGAUUGACCCUGGAGAGCCAAUACCACUUACUGGGAGGCUCUCACACAAUGUCCAGAGGGUUCACUCAUGUCGCCUGUGACUAUUCCAGCAUCGUGGCCUCAGCAGAAGGGAAAGACGGGAAAGACGUCCUAAAAGCGUAUUCUUUCACCUCCUGAGUGUCGCUGCCCCACAAAAAGGUGGCGACAAGCAGUUUGCACAACCCACUGGAAGGAGUAACAUUUGCUUUUAUUAUGAAGUGUUCAUCAUAUAUACAGACAUGAGGAUGUUCUUUGGUCAUUUCUAUGUUUAGAGCAAUCAGAAUGUGACACUUAUUACAGAUGAGAAACACUAUGUUAUGGGAAAGGCAUUGAUACAGUUAAGAAAUAAAAACUCUGUAAAGUUACAAUGAUAAUGUUUUGUCACUACGCUUUUGGAGCUGAGUUAUGUCACUGUUGAAUAUGAUCGGGUCUUAAGGCAUAAAGUUUGCAAAAUAUGUUACAUAUUAAAUCAUUUUGUCACAAGGCA